AUGGCGCGAAACCUCUAUGCAGACCCUCCCCGUCGUCCGACUCCCUCGCACGACGCAGCGCAUGUCCUCGUUUCCUUCCAGAGCAAUGUCCCGUCUGCAGCGACACAUCGCAGCCGAAACAGCCAUGGCCGACCCCUGUCGACGGCGAAUCUCAGUCGGCCCCCGCAGAAUCGUCGCCGGGUCUGGCGCGCCUGCGAGUCAUGCCGCAGGAAGAAGAUUAAAUGCGACGCGGGAGAUCCAUGUCAGUGCUGCGUAGACACGGGGAGAUAUGGGAAACGGAUUCAGGCGCUGGAAGAUCUGGUGGCGACGUUGUUGGCGGAGCAACAGAGACUCGCAGCUCAAUUGACACAGCCUGACAGUUGGCUCCCUCCCGAUAGUCAAAUGCCUGUUGCUAGCAAUCUAAUCGCCGAGUCGACACAAUCCCCAGUGAGCGUCAUCGCACAGGAUCGGGUUGAUAUACCGGGGGCGCUGGUUAUCGACCCAGGACUGGUUGGUCAACCCCAGUCUGUUUCGGUCCUUUGUCCUCCUGAAGGGAGUGCGCUGAGCACACAGACAAGUGUGAAAGCCGCCUCGCUGGUAUAUCGAGAUGACAACGGAGCGCUAGUCAACGAUGAAGCGGACGGGGCGCAAUACUUUGGGCUCGGCGCAACGGUAGCCGUCGUGGAUGAAUGUCCCGGUCUGCGCAUUCGAAUCCAACAAGGUCUCAUGCAGAAAGGCCGUGAAACGUUGGAGUCUCUAUUCACUGAGAAGUCACUGCCGCCAGCAUCGUCACGUCCCGGAAGCCUUCCUCCUGCCCCUCUCAUGGACGCAUUGAUUGACACAUUCUUCCGCAAAGUGUACCGUCUCUUUCCCAUCAUCGAAGCAGAGGAUUUCCAGCGGCAGUACCUGCUACUUUUGUCGAAUAAUGCCCACCGGCCAGGAUUUUUGGCGUUGCUUUACUCCAUCCUGGCGGUUUCAUCACCCCAUAUGACCCAGGACGACGGCGUCUGGAGUCGAGAGGGUUGCUCCGGAUACAAAGGACUCGAUCUGGGAAGACAUUUUCACAAACUAGCCCUUUCAACAGGGCAGUUGAACGCAUUCACGCCAUUCGGAAGCAACAAUGUCAAUACCGUCACGGCAUUGACUCUCCUCGGCAUGCACCUGGCACAAACAGCCAGAAUGAGUGAAGCAUGGAGUAUAAUCGGCCAUGCAGUUCGGCUGGGCUACGAAAUGGGACUACAUCGCUCCCCGAAACGGAUGGGCCUCCCGCUGAUCGACGUCAAACGCCGCUGUCAGCUCUGGUGGUGUCUGUACGUGAUGGACCGCCUGCUGGCCCUCCACCUCGGGCGUCCCUUAGCCAUCCACGACAGCGACUCGGACGUCUUCUUCCCGUCGCCGCGUCCCAGAGCCCCCGGGUUCGUGGCCAUGACACAUCUGUGCCGGCUGAUCGGGCAGAUCCACGGGACCGUCAACUCGAUCAGCAACGCGCACAAAUGGCACGAUGAGGCCAAGCAUAUGAAUCUGCGGACCGAGCUGGACGCGCUUUGGGCGGAUCUUCGGCAAUGGCGGGAAACCAUGCUGCCGGGGCUGAGUCCGGAGGAGUCCAAGCAGACCGAGCGCUGUGUGCUGGUGUCCACGUACUGUUCUGCCGUGCAUCUGCUGUUUCGCCCGUUUCUGUCCACGCCGCAUCGUCCGUCGCGAUGGGAUGCGGGACUGGCUGUGCGGGAGAGCCUCGCUGCUGCGACGGAGUGUGUACAUUUGACGCCGGCGUUCAACCGGGUCGUUCCGGCGUGUCACUACUAUGCCUUCCAUGGACAGAAUCUGUUCGUCAGUGUCCUAUCGGUGCUGCACUGUAUCCGGAACAGGGAAGCGGCUGUGGCCGGGGUUGGGGAGGCACUGGAUGCUCUAUCGGCAAUGGGCCCAAAAUGGCCCCUUGCGCCUCAGUACCGCGCUGUCGCCGGCGAAUAUCACGCCGUGACAACGGAGGUGAUUGACGGCGGCCACACGGGACGGUGUAUGUUUGAGAAUCACGGCGUGGAUCCAGGGUCGGAAGCGGCGCAGUUUGACCCCUGGAUUAACCAGAUCGACCUAGAAGGGAACCUUUUCCCGUCAAUGCCGGACACGAGCUGGAUGAACGAGUUGUUUUCUCUGUCCCCCGGUCAGAGUGGAGCAGACGCCGAAGACAAAGAACCCCCCCGGAAGCGCAGAAAGACCAAAUUACGGGCAUCAGUGUGUUCAUUCUCAGUCAGAAAAUCGACCAGUAUUAGCUAG